CAUCAUCAACUUGUUUUCAUCCACGUUAUUUAGUACGAAGCCCGUAGUGUAAGAAGGGACACUCGGCACACCAUAGCUUGUAUUGCUUCUCAUGGCGCUGACGAAGGCCUUCGUUACCCUGCUCCUGGUUCUCGCGGUCACCUCAUGUGCGCUAGCUGAUCCCGGGAUUCAAGGCCAAGGAAAGGGCGGAAACGGAAAUGGAAACGGAAUUGGCGGCGGAAUUCUUGGCAAGUUAACCGGCGGCAACUUCACGGGCGGAUGGGGUCAGGGCGGCAUUCUCUCGGGGAUCUCCAUCCUCUUUGGCAACGGCAGCACUCCCGGCGACCUGGGGGAGAUAUUUGGGCGGAAGGGGGGGAACGGGAAGGGCAAGGGGAAUGGCAAGGGGAACGGCAAGGGGAGGGGCAGGAUGGCGAGAAGCCUCGCGGCUGUGGCGACUUCGAAUAGAGCGAACGUGAUGGGCACGGGCAACGGCAAGAGACAGGGACAGGGCAACGGGCAGGGCAUGGGGAAGGGGAAGGGGCAGAGUAACGGGUGGGGUAAGCGCGGGAAGAGCGCGGGAGGCGUGUUGGCGCAGCUGAGGGGCAGCAGUGUGGUGGAUGAUGCGAUGGCAGCCACUGGCGAUGGCAACGCCGCUGGCGUCCUCGAAAUCACCCUCCUCCAGAAUGGCACGGACUACGACGUGGCCUUCACGGCGCGCAUCUCCCUCUCUGGUCCCGGCGCGCCCACCGCACUCACUCUCAACAGCGGCACCGCCGCCACCAACGGCUCGCCUCUCCUCGACUUCUCCACCGCCACCGCCGCUGACGGCGCAUCCCCCCCUGCCUGGACCACUGUCGCCUCCCCCUCCCCUGGCAGCGGCCCCAUGGGGCGCGCGUGGGGCCGCCUGCAGCGCACGCUGGGGCGGUCUGGGCGCACGGCAGGGCUGCACACUUUCACUCUCACAGGCAUGUGGGCUGCUGCCGGCAGCACUGCUGCGGCUGACGGCGUGCAGACGGUGAAAGACGUGGCGCUGGCCGUUGUCGCACAGCCCAGUGCGUUCUAUGCUGUGGUCGCCUCGCCUGGAUUCGACUCAGGCGCCGCCAGGGGGCAGUUCCAGAAGGCGCCUAAGGGCUGGGCGUUUGGGCUGAGGAACUAAGGAGUGGAGGAGAUUGGAGGGGUGGCAGGAAGAGUGUGACGGAGGUAAAGGAGGAAGUAAGGCGUGGGCCCUCUUGAGGGCAGUUCUAAAACGCUCCCAAGGGCUGAGCGUUUGGGCUGAGGUGCGAGAAGGAGGUUAGGAGAAGGAGAAGAGAGGCGUUCCUGGCUACAUUUCUGGGGGGGAAGGAUUGCUGAGGCUGAGUUUGAGGGGACGACUGAGGAGAAGAGGGAAGCAGAGUGUCUUUUUGUUGGACCUUGUGUAGAGUCUGUUGUUAGAGGGCCUUCCCCUGACGCGUUGGGUCAGGGAGAUGGUGAGAAGGCUUCUGGAAUAUGCUUGCAGGGGAGGCGCUCCAACAACAGGUCUCUUUAGGUUGUCUUUAGUUGAUAUGUGUAGACAGGUGUUUCGUCUUGUAUUGCAGUGCUGUACUUUAGGAACAGGAAAUAUAAGUAACACAAACAC